AUGGAGAGUGAAAGUAACAAGUCUAAGCAGAGGCUUGAAGUAUCUGAUAUCCUCAGGAAAUCUGUUAUGAUCUAUUUAGGGAACCUCAAUUUCAUCAUCUUCACCUUUCUCACUUCUCUUCCUCUCUUUUGUAUCAUGGUUUACUUUGAAAUUUACCUCCAAGAAAUCCUGGUUGAAACCUCCAAUAUUUUUAGCCUACGAUAUCGUCUCUCCACUCCGUAUGGCCACAGCCUACAUCUUAUCGAAAUAUUCAACAAGGAUUAUUUCCUGAAGCUGAUUCUUCUUGGUUUCAUUUACAUAGUGCCUCUCUAUGUCUUAGAGUUUGUCUCUGCAGUUGUUACAGUAGAUUUGGCUUCAAAGCUGCAUUCAAGAGAGAAGAAAAUGACUCUGAAGGAGAUGUUUGAGACACCCUUUGGCCUAUCCAAGUUGAGAGGCUCCUUUGUCACUUCUAUCUAUGUUCUCUUCUUGACAACUACUCACCAGCUUGGAUUAUUCAUGGCAUUUGCAAAGGUCUUAAGGAUGUACUUGGAGGGGAGUGCUGUGUGGAACAUGAGUCUUGUAAUCUCAGUGUUGGAGGGGAUUUAUGGUAUUGAUGCAUUAACUGUUUCAGCAUAUUUCAGCAGAGGCUGUCACAGGAGGGGGCUCUUUCUGAUGCUGAUUUUCUUUGCUUGGGGACAUCUUGUGAGGCUUUUAUGCUACCAUAUUGGAGGCUAUGAGCAAGGGAAUGCAACUUUUGUACAAGUUGGCUUGUUCUGCAUGGUAAAUCCGCUGAAAUGGGUGGUUUGCAUUAUCUAUUUCCAUGAUUGCAAGGAGAGGAAAUUUGAAAAGAUAACUGAUGAAGAAUCAGGCAAGGAUGUUAAGAAUGAUUCGUGA